CAAUCACAAGUUUCAUUAAAACACACAUAUAUUGACAUUGAUCAUUUGCAUUGAUCAUUCAUCUUGACAUUUGAUUGGAUCAUUUAGCACAUAAUCACAUUGAAUUGAUCGAGUAUAUUAGUUUCUCUCUCUCUCUCUUUUUUUUUGGUUUUUCACUCAUCAUUAACAAGUAAGUUGUUAAAAUUAAUUAAUCUAAUGUUUAAAUGAGAUACUAUGCAGUAAAGUUUUGUAAUUCCUUCAAAGUGUAUGCUAAAUGUAAAUAUGUGAAUGAUAAAUAUUUGUCAAGAUAUUGGGAUUACUGAAUGGGUAAUAAGAAAUAGAUUUUGUACAAUUAUAUAAUUGUCUCAUGUCUAUUGGACAAAUCAAGAGCGGUAAAGUAGGAGGAUCAGACAACAUUCUAGUAGAAGUACUGAAAGUAAAUGUAGAAGUAAUGGCAAAGAUACUCAACAUUAUCUUCAACAAGAUUUGAAAUGAAGAACAAGUACCAACAGACUGGAAAGAAAGACACUUCAUCAAGACAUCAAAGAAAGACGAUCUUAGCAAGUGUAACAACUAUAAAGGCAUCACUCUUCUCUCAAUACCAGGAAAAGUCUUCAACAGGGUAUUGUUAAACAAAAUGAAGGACUCCGUAGACGCCCAAAUUUGAGACCAACAGGAUGGAUUCCGUAAGGAUCGAUAGUGUACAGACCAAAUCUCAACACUACAGAUCAUUGUGGAACAAUCAAUUGAAUGGAAUUCAUUACUCUACAUCAACUUCAUUGACUACGACAAAGUAUUUGACAGCAUGGACAGGAAAGCACUAUGGAAACAUCUUCGAUACUACGGCGUACCCGAAAAGAUAGUCAAUAUCAUACGGAAUUCCUAUGAUGGAUUAAACUGCAAAGUCGUGCAUGAGGGGACAGGUCACAGACUCAUUCGAAGUAAAGAUAGGUGUUAAAAAAGGUUGUUUACUCUCACCCAUUCUCUACCUGCUGGUGAUCGACUGGAUCAUGAAGACGCCAACAUCUGGGGGCGGGGGAGAAGUACUGGAUACAGUGGACAGCUAGGAUGCAGUUGGACGACCUUCGCAGAUGAUCUGGCUCUUCUGUCGCACACGCAAAAACAAAUGUAGUAGAAGAAGACCAGUGAAGCAGCAUGCUAAGCAGCAGUAGGUCUCAACAUACACAAAGUGAAAGGCAAGAUUCUCUGGUCCAACACAGCAUGCACCAACCGAAUCACAAUUGACGGAGAAGAUUUGGAAGAUGUAAAAGCCUUCAGAUAUUUGGGCAGCAUCAUUGAUGAACAUGGUGGACCUGAUGUAGAUGUGAAGGCGCGGGUUGGAAAAGCAAGAAUAGCGUAUCUACAAUUGAAGAACAUCUGGAACUCAGAACAAUUGUUAAUUAACACCAUAGUCAGAAUUUUCAAUACAAAUGUCAAAACAAUUCUACUGUAUGGAGUGGAAACCUGGAGAACUACGAAAGCCAAAAUCCAGAAGAUACAGGUGUUUUUUAACAGUUAUCUAUGCAAAAUACUUCGGAUCCGUUUACCAGUCACAGACACUAUCAGCAACAAUCUAUUGUAGGAGAGAACAAACCAGAUUGUAGCAGAGGAAGAAAUCAGGAAGAAGUGGUGGAAGUGGAUAGGAUGCACAUUGAGGGAGGCACCCAACUGCGUCACAAGGCAAGACACCAAAUGGAAUGCUCAAGGCCAAAGUAAGAGAGGAAGACCAAAGAACACAUUACACCGAGAAAUGGAGAGACAUGAGAAAAAUGAACAAAAUAGGACAGAACUGGAAAGUAAGACUCAGGACAGAAUGGGUUGGCGAAUGCUGGUCAGCGGCCUAUGUUCCAUUGGUAGUAAGAGGCAUAAGUAGAUGGAUUGGAUCUAUCUCAUUCGUGUUAUAAUUGGUUUAUUUCUAAUGAAACAACUCAUCUCUCUUCUAUACAUCAUAUUCAUUUAUACAAUUGGAAAGAGAUUAUUUUCUAAAAGGAAAUUAUUGAAAGAAGCUGGUGAAUGGGCAAUUGUCACUGGUGCAACAGAUGGAAUUGGUAAAGUAUAUGCAGAAGAAUUAGCUAAUGAUGGUUUAAAAAUUAUGUUGAUUAGUAGAAAUGAAGAGAAACUUUUGAAUGUUGCUAAUGAGAUUGAACGUAAUUAUCAUGUAGAGACAAGAAUAGUAACAGCUGAUUUUACAAAGACUGAUGUCUAUCAAAGAAUACAAGAAGCUAUAGAUCAAUUAUCAUCAAUUGCUUGUUUAGUCAAUAAUGUUGGUAUGGGUGUUCCUAAAUUAGACUAUUACGCAACAGCAGACUAUAUAACUAUAGAUUUUAUUAAAAACAUCGUUUUUUGUAAUACUUUACCGAUUGCUAUGAUGACCCAUUUAGUAUUACCAAAAAUGUUAAAACAAUCAACAACUGGUAUGGCUAUCAUUAAUAUUGGAUCACAUUCUGGUUAUAGAGCAUUUCCAUUUUUAUCAUUAUAUUCAGCAACAAAAUCAUUUGUGAAUCAAUUAUCUAGAUCCAUUUCGAAUGAGAACUAUGAUCAUCGUAUUCAUAUUCAAACAGUUUGUCCAAUGUUUGUAUCUACAGCAAUGAAUGGUUAUUGUAAAAUGUCAUUAUUUGUUCCAAAUGCAAAAGACUAUGGGAAAUGUGCAUUAGAUAUGUUAGGUGUUGAACAAGAAACAUUUGGUUAUAUUGGUCAUGCAAUUAAAGAAUAUUUCACUAGUUUAUUACCAAAUUCAAUUUGGAGAUAUUAUAUGUUAUUUAUGAAAUCAUGGUUUGAUAAACAUAAAAAACAAUAAAAUAUUAUAAUGUAUAUUUUUAGUUGCCAUGGUGAAUAACCAUGAAAAAUCGAUAGUUUCAUAUCACAAAAUUUUGAUUGAUUUUUCUUAAUCUUUAGUUUUUUUUUGUUGUUUCCAUUAUAUAUUAAUCAUACAUUUGAAAUCAAUAAUUAAUUUCUAUAAUGAUCUCAUUUUUUUAAUUCUAAUUUAUCAAUGCUGAUUUUUCUAUAGAAUAAGUGUGAUAAUCGAUCA